AUGGACGGGGGCGGCGUCGAGGACCAGGCGGCGCGCGCCUCGGCCUCGCAGGGCCUGGAGGAGGGCGAGGUGGAGGGCGAAACGCUUCUGAUCGUGGAGUCGGAGGAGCGGGGCUCGCCGGACCUGUCGCACGACCACAGCGGCGACUCCCUGGCCAGCGACCCCGGCGAGGAGGCGGACGCCGUCUGGGCCUGCGACCACUUGGCCUUCUACUGCGAGCGAUGCCACAAGUGGAUCCCGGCCGCUCGCCUCCACGGCAACCAGCCCAGCUACCUGAAGGGCGACAACUUCUUCAAGUUUGUGUGCCGCGACUGCUCCGAGGACGGCGAGGAGAGCUUCGAGAGGAUGCGGCUCACCUGGCAGCAGGUGGUCAUGCUGGCCAUGUACAACCUGUCUCUGGAGGGAACCGGACGCCAAGGCUACUUCCGCUGGAAGGAGGACAUCUGCGCCUUCAUCGGCCGCCACUGGAACUUCCUCCUGGGAUCCAGGAAAAAGACAUCCACCUGGUGGAGCACGGUGGCGGGGUGUCUGUCGGUGGGCAGUCCGACUUUCUUCCGCUCGGGGGCCCAGGAGUUCAGCGAGCCGGGAUGGUGGAAGCUGGUCCACAACCGACCUCCGACCCUGCGCGCACACGCCCACAAGGCCGCCGCCAAGGCCAAAGGGGCGGCUCGCAAAGCGGCGGCGGCGGUGGAGCCGGCCGCGGCGGCGGAAGGUUUGCGCAAGCGGGGCGGCAGGAACCCGGUGGAGACGGCCAUGCAGCUGAAGGAGAAGCGCUCCCGCACGCAGGAGGCCAAAGACAUCCGGCGGGCUCAGAAGGAGGCGGGCGGCGGCUUGGGGCGGGGCCGCCGGCAUCCGCCGGAAGCCCUCCUGGAGAAGGGCGAGGUGGUGGACUUCUCCUCCGUCAGUUCUUCGGACAGGACGCCGCUGAGCAGCCCGUCGCCGUCGCCCUCGCCCGACUUCUCGGCGCCCGGGACGCCGGCCUCCCACUCGGCCACGCCCAGCCUGCUGUCGGAGGCCGACCUCAUCCCGGACGCCAUGCCGCCCCAGGCUCUCUUUCACGACGACGAGGAGAUGGCGGCAGACGCCGCCAUCGACCCCGGGACGGAGGACGCCCCUCCGCCCGCCGCCUCGGCGCGCAAGCGACUCCGCCCGCCGCCCCCCGGCAUCAAGCGGGAGGCGGACAGCGAGGACGACGACGAGGACGACUUUGAGGAAGAGGGGGCGGCGCGGCCGGCCGCCGGCCACGAGGGCUCGGAGCGCAAGAGGUCGUCGUCCCGCCGCGACAAAAGCCACGGGAGCCCUCCCGCUCCUCGCCACGCCCCGGUGGGCCCCUACGACGAGCGGGUGCUGCGGCGCCGUCUGGACGCGUGCCCGCUGGCGCUGGCCGUCACGCCGCAAGCCCGCCGCCUCCGCCGCAAGCUGUUGGUGCGGCAGGCCAAGCGGCAGCGAGGACUCCCCCUGCUGGACAUCGACUGCGCACUCAGUCUGGCGGGAGGAGUCUACGGCGCUCGGGAGGAGGCGGGGGGCGGGCGGCCCGGCGCCGGCCGGGAUCUUCGGGUCUUGGACCGCUUCCAGGUCAAAGCUUCGGCUCGCCGCGGGUCGCCCUCGCCUCGGCUCUCUUUCGGCUGUCGCCUGACGGGCGCCGACGGCGCUUCGGAGCAAAGCGUCAAGAGCCCGUACACGUCCCGCUUCCUCAAGCCGUACAUCAGGCGCGACUACGAGAGCCGUCCCCCGAAGAUGCGCCUGCUGGCCGAGAUCCGAGCGCACGCUCACCGCCGGGAGCCCGGCUGGACCCCCGAGGCCGACGCCCCCCUGGACUACUGCUACGUGCGGCCCAAUCACAUCCCCUCGGUCAACGCCAUGUGUCGCCACGGCUUCUGGCCAGGAGUGGACCUGUCGGAGUGCCUGCAGUACCCCGACUUCAGCGUGGUGGCGCUCUACAAGAAGGUGGUGGUGGGCUUCGGUUUCAUGGUGCCCGACGUCAAGUACAACGAGGCGUACGUCUCCUUCCUGCUGGUGCACCCCGAGUGGCGGCGGGCGGGCAUCGGAACCUUCAUGAUCUACCACCUCAUCCAGACGUGCAUGGGCAAGGAUGUGACUCUGCACGUGUCCGCCAGCAAUCCGGCCAUGUUGCUUUACCAGAAGUUCGGCUUCCAGGCCGAGGAGUACAUCCUGGACUUUUACGACAAGUACUACGCCUUGGACAGCGCCGAGUGUCGCCACGCCUUCUUCCUGCGAUUGCGACGCUGACGCCGCCCUCUUUGUCUUCCCCUCAUUUGAGCCAAUAAAAAACGCCAUGGGCG